GUUGUGUCUGCCCGGCGACGAAGUGCCAUUGCAGCCUGGUGCGCUUCCAGGUCUCGGCGUAGCGCUGGAUACAGACAGUGGCCGAGCCUUUGCAACAACAGCUGGAGUGCUGAGGACCUUGGACGAUGAAGUGCGCGUGGAGAACCUCCGCAAAAGGUACAUUCCGCGAAAGGGCGACUACAUUGUCGGUAUCAUAAUGUCACGGAAUGCUGACUUCUACAAGGUGGAUAUUCGUGCGCCCUCACCGGCUUUCCUUCCGACGCUCGCGUGGAAUGGCGCCACAAAGAGAAAUCGCCCGAUCCUAGAGAUUGGCAUGUUGGUGUAUGCCAGGGUGGAGGCUGCGCAUCCGGACCUGGACACAGAGUUGUCGUGCGUAGAUCCGGAUACCAAGAAGUCUUGGAAUACCGGUGAGGUGCUUCUGGGCGAGCUGAAAGGUGGCCUCAGCUUUGAGGUGGCUCUGACGGCUGCUCAGCGCCUCUUAGCCAUCGACUGCUUCAUUUUGGACCGUCUGGGCAAGGACUUCUCCUAUGAGCUCUGCGUGGGCCAGAACGGAAGAGUCUGGUUGGUAGCCCCCACGGCCAGAGAGACCGUCCUCUUGCUGCAGGCCAUCAAAAGAAGCUUCGGCAUGACGAAUGUCCAGAUAGAGGCUCGCUUUCAGGGCUUUAGGGCUUGGGGCUUUGAGGUGUAG